AUGUCGUAUAAUCAAGUAACACCAAUAGCGUUGGGGCAGCGUUCAAAGCGGAAGAUAGUGCCUAAGGCUGAACCUAAGGAUGACAAAAAGAUUGAGGUACAAGCUAACAAGGGCAAGAAUGUUUUGAAGAAGCCACCUGUGGCAAAUACUAAUUCUGUUGUGAAUCCAGCAGUGAGUGUAUUUCCCCAACCUAACAAGGUAAGACCUUCUCGGAUAGCACAAAAGGGACCUACGAAACAAAAUAAUACCAAUGGUAGUAAUCGAACCAACAAGAAGCUUAAGAGUAAUGAGGGCAAAGUACGACAUCCGAAUAACAAUAGAACUAAUUCAUCUGGCGGUUUAUCAGAGACAGAAAGGAGGAGGAAAAGAGCAGAAAGGUUUUCAAAGGCGAACAAUACGAUAUCCAAGAAUGAAUUGGAGCAUGAGGAUAAUUUUUCAGACUUGAACUCUAUUGGUACUAAAUCUCAUAUCUUCAAUAAAGAUCAGAGAAUUGUAGGUAGGUGUCAAAAGCUGGAAAAGUCCUACUUAAGACUGACAUCCGAGCCCAAUCCUGAAAUGAUACGACCACCUGAAGUUUUAGAAAAGGCGCUAGAAAUGUUAAUGGAGAAAUACAAAAAUAAGGAGGUCAAUUAUACAUAUUUGUGUGAUCAGUUUAAAUCUAUCAGGCAAGAUCUCCGAGUACAGAUGAUUGAAGAUUCUUUCACAAUGACAGUUUAUCAAGAGCAUGCGAGAAUUGCAUUAGAAAAUGAUGAUCUUGGAGAGUUUAAUCAGUGUCAGAGUCGUUUGAUGGUUUUAUAUGACAACACAACAAUAAAGAGGACUCAUAGGGAAGAAUUUACAGUAUAUUUAAUCCUUUACUAUGUCUUAAUGCAAGAUUAUUCUGCAAUAGAUGCUCUGAAGUUGGAAUUGAUCAGAGAAAGAGGUAGAUCUAUUAAGAAUGCAGGUAUUGCUCUUGCGUUUGAAAUAGCUGAAACCAGACUGGUCGGAAAUUAUCACAAGUUCAUGAAAUUAUGCGCAUCUUUGAAGGGUUUGGGCCAAAAGCUGAUCAAGGCAUUUAUGGAUCAGGAGAUAUUGAAAACAUUGGUCACUAUCUGCAGGAGUUAUAACCAAGUGAAUCUGGUGUUUCUAACAAAAGAACUCGAGUUCGAAACUGCUGAUGAAACCAUUCAAUACUUAAAACGUAAAAAUCUUGGCAAUUACAUUGUAACAAAAAAUCUAAACAUGCCAAAUGAAUUUAAAUAUUUAGACACGAAGGCCUGCAGGAUAGAAGUUAUCCAGGCUUAUGCCAAAUUGAAAAAGGUUGAUAUCAAAGGACAAAAAUAG